AUGGAGUUUUCUGGGGAUGUGAUGGAGACUGGCGAGGCUGUCAACAGCCUAAAGGAGGGGGGUCGUGUAAUUGGUGUGGCCAAUACCAAAGCUCUGGCAGAGGAGUACCGGCUUGCCGAUCGAAAGCUCCUGUGGAUGAUCCCACCUGGAGUGGCUUAUGAAGAUACUGCCCCUCUGCCCAUCUCCUAUGGCACACCCAUUCUGGCCCUUGAAUGGAGAGCAAAGACGCAGUCAGGGGAGACUGUUUUGGUGACAGCAGCUGCUGGUGCCACUGGACUUGCCACUCUGUAUGUUGCAACCAACGUUCUUAAGGCAAAGGUGAUAGCAGCAGCAGGUAGUGACAGCAAAUGCGAUCUGGCUCUCCGGAAAGGGGCUGUCCAAAGUGUGAAUUACAGCAGCGCCAGCCUGAGAGAAGAAGUGAUGAAGCUGACUGAGAACAAUGGGGCCGAUAUGGUCAUUGACACUGUUGGCGGGGACAUCUUCAAGGAGGCAUUUCAGACCUGGGCCCUGCAUCUACUUCACACGCCAUAGGAUGACCUACAAGGGCCCUUUCAUCUUGGAGGGUUUACCUGGAUGUGAGCUCUAAACCA